CAUAGAAGAGGAGGAGGUGAAAUCCAAAAAAAAGUUUGACACAGAGGAGGGGAGGUGAUUCAGCUCAAACGGAGGAAAUCAGCAGCAAGUGAAUCAGCAAUAAUAGUUGCAGCCAAACAUGGGAUAAUAGAAAUAGUGGAGGAAAUCCUUAAAGAAUAUCCGGUGGCCAUUAAUGACAGGGAUGCAUCUAGGAAGAAUAUAAUAAUGUUGGCAGCGGCGAAUAGGCAUGUGAAUUUAUUUAACUUCUUGAGAAGGAAAAAUUUCCUGCGAGAAAGCACCGUUCGGAAAAUAGAUGAUGAAGGGAACAGUGCUUUGCACGUAGCCGCAGUCUAUUCUAAAUAUAAACUCUGGCCAAUUCCUGGUGCUGCAGCACAAAUGCAGUGGGAAAUCAAAUGGUUCGAGUAUGUGAAAUACUCCAUGCCUCGCGUCUCCUUUCGACGCAACAAUAAAGAAAAAAGUGCAGAGGAGAUCUUCACUGAAACCCACACAAGCCUGGUGAAAGCAGGUGCGGAAUGGCUUGUCAAAACCUCAGAGUCGCGCUCCGUUGUGGCUGCUCUUAUUGCCGCUGUUGCUUUUGCUACCUCUGCUUCCAUCCCAGGCGGUAUCGAUGAGAUGACUGGCAAACCAAAACUGCAAGAACAUACAGCUUUUGAAAUUUUUGCCAUCUCUUCGUUGGUGGUAUUAGUGAUUCUCAUGUACAGCUGUGUAGUUAACUAAACAUUUUCGUGUUGUUUGUCUUGUAUAUCCUUAUCACGUGUAUUUAG